AUGUCCCGCGGGCGCCCCUGCGGAGUGGGCCGCAGCGGGGCCGUGCCGGGCCCCGGCGGCCUCGGCCCCAACCAGAUCCGCAGGAGGCCCGACACGUUGCUCCCCGAGCCUCGCAUGGGCAGCCGCACGUCGCGCCGGCUCGUGGCCGGUGCCUUCGCGGCGCCGGGAGUGGAGUUGGCCAGCGGCGGCGCAGCGGGCAACCAGACGGGCGACAUCGAGUCCACCUCCGUUCUCUCCGUGGAGUCCCCGAUGCUUUCCGCCAACACCUGCCUUGGGCUCCACGGGACCAGUGCGAUGGCCGGUGAGGCCGAGCGCACCCCCUGCACCUUGCUUGGGCACAAUCGUCUCGGCGGCAAUCCGUGCCGCCGAGAGGAGGACCGCAAGGACGAUCUUCCGAGUCCUGGCCAGGGCAUCUCCCGCAGGCCGCCCGCCUUCGACGUGCCUGAGGGGAUCUCGUGCUCCCCGGGCCCCAGCUUGUUCGGCCGCGAGCCGGGUGGGCCCACGCACCCCGCAGAGGGGGCGCCCGGCCAGGCCCGCCCCCGCCACGCCACGAGGUCGCUGUCGGCGAGGGGGGGAGGGCGCCUGGCCUCCAGCAGCUGA